AUGAUUGAAAGCGUUGGUUUGGCUUUUCAAGCUUAUCCAGAAGUAGCAAGCAACCUACCACUGAAACAAUUAUGGGCCAUUUUAUUUUUUUUGAUGAUCACUAUCCUUGGAUUGGAUAGUCAGGUUUGUAUGUUGGAAGGACUAUUGACAGCUAUCGAAGAUGUUUGUCCAUCUAUAAUUAGAAAAUACAAGCAAAUUUCGCUUGCCAUAGCGUGCUCAUUUUUUUUCCUUAUUGGAAUACCAAUGGUUUCAUAUGCUGGUUCUUUUUGGUUAACACUGGUUGAUGCUUAUGGUGCAAGUGGAAUUGCUUUGUUGUUUGUUGUUUUCUUUGAAGUAGUUGGAUUAUCGUGGGGAUUCGGUGGGGAUUUUAUUUUUUAUAAACUUAUUAUUUAUAUAAACUUUUUUUCUUUUUUGUUCGCGCUAUUUUUCUUUUGCAUCAUCAAGUAUCAGCCAUUAAAAUAUCCAAAUGGUGAUUCUUAUCCUGUCGCUGCUGAAAUUUUUGGGAUAUUUCUUUCAUCAUGUUCCAUAAUAUCUAUUCCGAGUUAUGCCAUUUAUCAUCUAUUCAUCAAGACUAAAAAAGGAUCUUUGAAAGAGGUUUAUAUUAUUCAUUCAUUUAUUAACGAAAUUAAUUAA